AUGGAAGCACCACAGACGCCAGAAGAGAUGUUGAUGUCUGGCGCAGGUGGGGCUAGUCCUUCAAGCCCUACAAUGGAUGUAGACUCAUCAGGUCAUGCAGCAUCCAAACACAAGGCAGAGACUCAAGGUGGCACAGUAGCAAAAGCUUUGAAGUUUGAUAGCGACCCAGUUCCAGAACCAAAAGUCAAAGCGGCAAAGAUGGACGUUAGACCUAUUGGUGAAGUGGAGAUCACACACAAUGAUGUGAUUGGUUUGGAAGAUGACUGGGAAUUUCUUCCUUAUGAGGACGUAGACUCAGAGGAUGAAAGAACAGAGCAUGUUGGUGUAAUGUUGAAAAAAUGUGAAACCUAUGAGGAUGUGUUUGACCGAUGGAUUGAAGCAGAUAAAUGGAGCGACGUGACAAGAGAACAGAGAAAAGACAGCCCAUCAAGUACUUCUCCUACAGCGACCUCUAUGGCAGAGAUUCGCAGCGGCAUGGUGCUUGGUGGAGUGUUUAUGCUCAUGAUGGGCAUGUUGGUGAUGAUGGUUCCCGGUGCAGCUUCAAGAUCACGAAGCCGUGAUGAUCCACAACCAGAAUAUGCGAAUGUUCAACAGUGGACAAGUGAGAUGAGAAAUUUCUUGGCUACGACAUUUGUCUUGUCAGCCAAAGCAUACUGGAUUGAUGGACAGCAUGAUCAGUUCUCAAUUGAGAACAUGUUCAACCACUUGCGGCUUGCAGCUUUGCUUAUGAAGAACGAUGAGAAAGAGGCUGUGGAAUACUUCAUUACAGCGGUUGAGGUGAACGACCCCGAGGAGAUUAUGGCUCAGGUGAGAAAUAUGCGAAUGUGCAUGGAUCUUCCUCAUGUUAACCUCCUUCACGCCGAGGCUUGGCUAUGGGAAGAAUUUCGUGAUGAUUUGCAGCGAAAAGCAGAUGUGAGUGAUGGAGCUUUCUUUGUUCCAAUUGUGGAGCUUUUGAAACAUCGAUGGGAUACACCUCCGGGAGAAAGUGAUCGCGGAGGAGAUGAAGACGCAGCAUCUUCGAGGAGCUCAAUAGCGAACAGAAGUGGAGAUGAAAAUGUUCGGGAAUCACCAGCCCGCGAGUUUGAGCUCAGGAUGACAAUGAAUUUACCAAGAUCAGAAGCAAUUCAAGUAGCUCAGACAAUAGCAGAUGCACAUGGACGAGAAUUGGUGGUCGAAAGACCAGCUGGACCAGAUGAACGUGAACAUGGAGACAGAGAUGGACAAGAACCAGAGCCUGGGAGCAGCAACAACACGCUUGGAAGAAGCAGUGAGAACACUACUCUGAACAGCAGAACUACUCAGAACACCACAGAGGAGGAGAAUGACAAGAUUGAGCAAGCUAUGGCAGAAGCGAGAGCUAGCCUACGUCGUGGGAUUCGUGUCUUGCAGUCGCGCGCUACGCGCUAUGAAGAGUUGGGCGACCACGAAGCCGCAGAAGAAGUUCGACGUCAGAUCGAUGAUAUGGAAGCAAUGGAAUCUUCAAUUUGA